CAUGAGCUGUGGGCAAGUCAUUGCAUCUGAACAGAGAACCUGAGGCACAUUCCUAGAGACAGCUCCUCACCUGACAUAUAACAGGCUUUCCAGUUGAAAAGAAAGCAUUGUUUCUGCUGCCAUGAUAGCCAUACAAGGAACAGAACAGACUGCAUUGGAAGCUGGUUAUGGGGCACAGCAGAAUGGACAACCUUUAUAUUUGAAUUCGCACUCAUGGAAAAGAAUGACAGAGAAGUUCUUGAAGGGAGAACCCAAAAUCCUUGGGAUUGUGCAGAUUGUAAUUGCCACCAUGAACUUCAGCAUAGGAAUUAUGAUGAUAAUUGUCACUGUGCCGACUGGUGAAAUACCCCCUGUUUCAGUGUACAUAGGAUACCCAAUUUGGGGGUCAAUAAUGUUUAUUAUUUCAGGAUCAUUUUCAAUUGCAGCAGGAAGAAGAACUACAAAAGGUUUGGUUCGAAGCAGCCUAGGCUUGAACAUCACCAGCUCCGUGUUUGCCUUCUCAGGGAUCAUAAUCAGCUCACUGAGCCCAGGCAUUUAUUCUUUCCAUGUAUAUUACUGUACAUAUAGAAGUUCAUCAGAAGGCUGUCACAUGACCUUAUCCAUUUUAAUGGGGCUGGACAUUGUGGUAGUCAUUUUAAGUGUGCUGGAAUUCUGCAUAGGAAUAUCCCUCUCCGCCUUUGGAUGCAGGGUGAUGUGUUGCAACCCUGGCGGGGUCAUGAUAAUUAUGCCAUCAAAUCCUGCCAAGGCAGAGACAGCAUAUCCUGUAACACUUCAAAGUGGAUUGAUGCCACAAGAACACCGAGAGAAGAAUGAUCCAGAAAAUAUGCACUGAUUAUUUUUCAAGAACCACACAUGGGAAAACACAAGAAUCCAACUCUGAUGUCUGUGUAUGCAUGCAUGUGUGUG